ACUAUCGGUGGGCGGAGUCUGGAGGGAGUGGGCCUGGCCGGCGCUUUUAAUACAGAUGCGCCCGUCCGUGCGCCCUGCGUUCAGCGGCGAGCGGACACGGCAGAGAGGGGCAGAGACACACCGGACGGCACCAUGACUGCACCCAGCAACACCUACGACGUUAUCGUUGUCGGAGCGGGAAUAUCAGGUUUGAGUGCAGCGAAGCUGUUGAAGGCCAGUGGCCUGAACCCUGUAGUCUUGGAGGCCAGGGAUCGAGUUGGUGGUCGCACCUUCACCGUGCGGAACAAGGAGACCAAGUGGGUCGACUUAGGUGGGGCAUACAUCGGACCGACUCAGAACCGCAUCCUUCGACUGGCCAAAGAGUAUGACGUGAAGACCUACAAAGUCAACGAGCAGGAGAGUCUGGUGCAUUACGUCAAUGGAAAGUCUUACCCGUUCAAAGGCUCCUUCCCUCCCAUGUGGAACCCCCUCGUGUUGUUGGACUUCAACAACCUCUGGAGGACAAUGGACGAGAUGGGAAAGGAGAUUCCCAGAGAGGCUCCCUGGAGAGCUCCCCAUGCUGAGGAGUGGGACAAGAUGACCAUGCUGGAACUCUUUGAAAAAAUCUGCUGGACAAGUACUGUCCGUCGCUUCGCCACGCUGUUUGUCAACGUGAACGUGACCUCUGAACCCCACGAGGUGUCGGCCUUGUGGUUCCUCUGGUAUGUGAAGCAGUGCGGUGGAACCAUGAGGAUCUUCUCCACCACCAACGGUGGACAGGAGAGGAAGUUUGUCGGUGGCUCCAGUCAGAUCAGCGAGUGCAUGGCCAGAGAGCUGGGCGAGCGAGUGAAGCUGCAGUCUCCGGUUUACAGGAUCGACCAGACUGGAGACAUGGUGGUGGUGGAAACAGUCGACAAACAGACCUACAUGGCCAAGUACGUGAUCGUGGCCACUCCCCCUGGUCUGAACCUGAAGAUGCACUUUAAUCCCGAACUGCCACCGCUGAGGAACCAGCUGAUCCACCGUGUCCCCAUGGGCUCCGUCAUCAAGUGCAUGGUCUACUACAAAGAGAACUUCUGGAGGAAAAAGGGUUACUGUGGCAGCAUGGUGAUCGAGGAGGAGGGUGCUCCCAUCGGUCUGACACUGGAUGACACAAAGCCUGAUGGGACUGUACCUGCUAUUAUGGGCUUCAUCCUGGCCCGCAAGUGCAGGAAGCUCUCGGGCCUGUCCAAAGAAGAGAGGUUGAAGAGGAUCUGUGAGAUUUACUCCAGAGUGCUGGGCUCAGAGGAGGCGCUGCAUCCGAUACACUAUGAGGAGAAGAACUGGUGUGAAGAGGAGUACUCUGGGGGCUGCUACACGGCAUAUUUCCCUCCAGGAAUCCUCACCCAGUAUGGAAAGGUGCUGAGGGAACCCGUCGGGAAGUUGUACUUCGCUGGCACAGAGACGGCCACAGAAUGGAGCGGCUACAUGGAGGGGGCAGUGCAAGCUGGCGAGAGAGCAGCCAGAGAGAUCAUGUGUGCAAUGGGUAAAAUCCACCACAGUCAGAUCAUCCAGACGGAGCCUGAGUGUGAGGAAGUCCCAGCGCUCCCGUUCGUCACCACCUUCUGGGAGAGAAACUUGCCUUCGGUCGGUGGUCUCCUCAAGUUCAUGGGCUUCUCCACCUUCCUGUCCGUUGCCACCGUCGCCGGCCUUGUGGCCUACAAGAAGGGUCUCCUCCCCCGGAGUUAAACCGCGUCAUCUCACUCCUCUGCAUCUCAAAGAGCGGACACACACAGCUCAAUAGACACUGUACCUCUAGCGCAUUACUCUGUGGUCCCAAACUGCAAGGUAGUGAACAGAUGAGAGUAUAGGAUGUGUUACUUUUUGUUUGGUUUUUGGGGAACACUGUGUUGUGAGGACGACUCUUCAGCUCAAGCAAAAACACUAACACACCAACACUUUUGUACACAAAAGAAAGCAAGAGUGAGACAAAGAGUAACGUUCUGAUUAAAAGUUAAAAGAGAUGCUUAGACAGAGGGGAGUGAAGAAGACCCAACUUUAACAGUUUAACCCGGCAGUAAAUUUGAGACUCAGAUUGUGAAACCAAUGAAGGAAAAAAGUGAAUCAAUAAUUUUAGUGAAGAAAAUAAAUUUAUAUAUAGGGCUGUCAAUAUAUAUUAAAAUAUCUAAUCACGAUUUAUCGUAUGAUUGCGCGUUAACGCAAAUUAAUUGCACUUAAUUAUUUUUUUUAAUUAUCUAUUUUGUUUUCUUGUUGGGGGACGCAUCUGUCAGGACUUUCAAGGUGAAAUUAUUGUUUGGCUUAUAUUUGGAAUUUAGGCAGUUGUGACGAUACAGGGCGUCAUAUCGCCCUCUGCAGGAUCAAAUUAUUUACUACAACCACUACAAGCACUUCAGAUUCUGCUUGUUUUCCACAAUGUUACUGCAGCUUUAAUCACUUCCUGAUUUCCUGGUUUGGUGGCAGAUUAUAAAAACAGAAAUUGCAUGACAUAGUAAAAUGAACAGCGUUAAAAGGAAUUUGCGUUAACGCGUUAUUAAAGCAUUAACAUUGACAGUCCUAAUAUAAAUGUCACUAUUCCAUACAUUGCCAAUGACGUACACAUUCUUGAUUACACGUGGGUUUCUGACUCAUCAUUCUCACUGUGUGUGUGUGUGUGUGUGUGUGUGUGUGAGACCUUUGUCUAGUGUGCGUAUGUGUGUCCGUCAAGCGUGUGUGAAGUGUGUCUAAUUACCUCCGCUGAUUUUAGGUGCUGAUCUAUUCUGGCCGAGCAGCUGUAGCUGAUUGAUGAAAUCCAGUAACGUCAGAGGAGAGCAGAGCCGUUGACUGCUGAAAAAAAAAAUUAAAAAUAAAAAUCACAGAGGAGGUUCAGGGAUGAGGACGGGCUCAUUCUGUCAUUUACAUAGUGUCAACACGUCCCAUGGAAAGACCAAAACCACAGUGAAUGGAUCUUUUCAUCACGUUUCAUCCGUGUACAUAAAGCCUGACGUGGUUUCUUCCUUUAGAGCCCCACUGUUGCUCAGAAUGGCAUCAGUAAAUAAUAUCUUUACACUGGAUGACGUGAACGAUGUUCAUCAGCACCAAAUAUUAGUUGUUCCCUAAACUCUAAUCAGUCGCAGUGCCAGGUUGAUUCAAGUUUUUAUUUGAAUUAGAAUCAGCUUUUUAGUCAUUUGUUUUUCACAGUCAUUUCAAUUUAGCUUGGAGUGAGAUUAUUUUACUUCUGGUGGCGUUUAAAGAUAAUCUACCAUGAUUCAUAAGCAAAUAGGAUGCAAAGACCCUAUACUAUAAUAAAAAAUUAAUAUUAACAACAAUAAUAAUAAAUUCAGUCAUGAAGUGAUUAUCAUUUAUGGAAGGUGUGGUUAGGGCCCCCUAUUUCACCUGGCAACGAUAAAUACUAUUUUCUGAUUGGCUCAUUGGUCGCUGAUUGAAGCAGAGCAGCCUGUCACCUCUCUAUUCAUAGAUUACUAAUCUCUUUUAAAGUCUGUGUCAGACGUGUUUUAGCAUUUUCCGGUGUGAGAAAUUUCACGUCGUGUGGCGUGAUAGCUUGUGAACUUAUUGAAAUGCGUGCACACGACUUGAGAGCCCUGUAUUAACAACUGUGGUCAUAUUUGGUAUUUAUUUUUCAUGUUUCGUUAUAAUAAGAAUAGAAAUUACAAAAUAGUGUCACAUUUCUCAUAUUUGUAGCUCAUAUAGUUUGGUAAUGAUGUAGAAAGCUGCAUUUGCAUGAAAAUGACUUGACAAUUCAUUGUUCACAUGCAAACACACACACACAAACAUACAUGCUAGCUGUAGCUAGCUAGCCUUGUGUGUGCACAUGCAGAGUUGCUACAUUCAGUUAUUUCUUAUUCGAAUCAAACUCCUUAACAAUUAAUCAAGAUAUUUUUCUACAGUUUAUGUACCUAAAAGUGUUCAAGUCUAUUUUAUUUUCCCAAUAUCCCAAAAUUUAAGUCCUCAGCUGAAAGUAGUCUCCAGCAAAUGCAUCAUUUACUUCUGUUUGAGUAAGAAGAAGAAAGAUCAAUUCACUGUUGGUUUUCAUGGUAUGUGCUGAAAAAUGAAAAAUAAAAAUGCAUGAAUAGAUUAAGAAGAAGAACUCAACUUUUAAGUGACACCUGUUAUUUCGAGGCAACGUAGUGGGUAAUGUAAGCUGCUCUGGUUAAUGGAAUGGAAGCAUUCGAAUGUAUUUUUCUUCAGAUGAGAUAACACGUGAUUUGUUGCUGUAUUAAUAUAUUUUUAUCUUUCCUCAAUCAUGAUUAAGACUAACAUUUUUAAAAACUGCCACGUGUUAUCACUGGAAGCCACUUGGCGAUCCAGAUGAGGCCAGAGAGUUGGAUUCUGUCGAUUUAAUGCACCUACCAGAUGCUUGAUGUAGGAUGUACCUCGACUUUGAGUGUGUCCUCUUAAAAUCAUAAAAUUCUGGACACAUUUAGGGAAGUCACGCAGGCUCUUUGUGGUCGGCCAUAUUGCACGAGCUGCACCUCGGCGGUACCUCUUGUUUGUCUGAGACUUUUUGACGGAAAGCUUAUCUACAGAAGAAAACCUCUGUUCAUGCCUCUGCUCUGAGAGGGCGAACCCGUGCGAGAAUCACGCUGUUCCUGUCCCAAAGACUGGUGUUUGUGAGUGUAGUUUAUCUGUCGUGCCUUAAUGGAAGUCGUGGUGUUUUAUUUGUCAUUUCUCUCAAGUGCCUGUGUGACUCUGACACUCUCCACAUUGCUUUCCCUCCCUACCUCCGCCCUUUCAUCCCUCCAUCACUCCGUCCCUCACUCUCUUCCUCCCGCCUGAUCUGGAGGUGAGAGGUCAGAUGGACCAGGUCGUUGGUUUAAGGCGUCGUCAGUAACCAUAGCAUCCAACAGCUUGUCCCUUUAAAUGUGUCUAAAAGGUUUUUAAAUUCCCCCAGUGUUACCUGAGUUAGAUCCUUGCUAUAAACUCAGCUAAAGCUGGGUGUGUUCUAAUAAUAAUAAUAAUAAUAAUAAUAAUAAUAAUAAUAAUAAUAAUAAUAAUAAUACUCAGAGUAUUGGGGUGAUCAAACUGCGUAUCUCCAGUGAAGCCAACUCAGUGUGUGCUUUGUGUUGUGAUUUUGGUGCUUCACUAUCCAUCUCUUUGGUGUUGUGGUGUCCUCGUGUCUCUUCUGGCUGCUUAACUUCACCGUGUCUGCACUGUGACAUUUGUCCCUUCAUCCCAGCUCCAGUUCCAUGUCUCUAUAGCACAUCUCUCCCUCCCUCUUGUUCCGCCUGUCCCUCUGUGCAUACACGUGUCCUUAACUCUUCCUGUGAUCGUUGAUGUCUCUGAUUCUUCAAACAAAGCUGGUGAUAUUUAAAAGAAAACAAUGUGAAAUAAAUCUUUUACUCGUCUUAA